GCUACUUCUUGGAACAACACCAGGCACCCGACACCAUCCUGUUCUAUUCGUGGAUCUCUGGAGUUGGGAGAUCUUGGGGCCCUUCGUUCCAAAAUUCGAUUGUUGUUACCGAUUUUGGUUUCUGCGUCUCUCAAGAUGUCCAUGUUGCAAUGGAGCGUCCUUCUGGGUGUGCUACACAAGGCGGCUGCUUUCGUCUUGUUGCCACCUGCUGCCGGGCCUACUGCAUCAAGCUCUUGGGUACGGAGCACGUGCGGAUCGAGCGCUAGCAGCACCUCUGCUUGGACGACAUACCCGACAUGCAUGGUCAGGGGGCAGGCUGCAGCUGUGGCGGGUGCUGCUCGCGCGUCGCCGCCGGGAGGAGCAACGGGGCGGACGUCGACGAUGAGAAAGUCUUCGACACUGGAACAGGACGGCGUCGAAGACAACGAAGGAGCGGUUGACUUCUCCUCCGUAGGGCCCCCACCCCCUGCUCCCGUGGUGGAGGAGGAAGAAGAGGAGGACGAUGGCGAGCCUGAUCCGGCGAAGGACCUGGCGGAGGUGGUGAUGCAAGCCAUCUUCGAGUGGAACACCAAGAAUGAUGUUGUCGAUGCCGAGCGACCCACGGUGGACCUGGAUGCGGUGGUGGAAGAGACGUACCAGGAGGCGAUGCGGUUGUACGAAUACUACGAUCAGAUGAACGAAGAGAUCGCCAAGCAGGAGCGGGAGGAAGCGGAGAAGGCCAGAGAGGCGGAGGGACUGCCGGUGGUGAUGGAUGCCGAACUGGCGGAGGACGAAGAGGUUGGCAAUGACGUCAUGUUUUUGGUGCAGUGA